CGCGUCUGCGCGCCAGGCUCGACCACCAUCAUGGCGCUCGCCGUCGCGAACAUCUCGGCAUUCUGCCAGCUGCGUCCGUUGACAAGAGGCAUCGUCCCACGCAGAGCCGGCGCUUCCCACUCCAGGGGCGCUCCCGUCCGCUUCGCGAAGAAAGGGCCCCUCUUCGGCAAGGAGACGAGCCCGCCCCUGCCUCCGUCGUUCGACGAGGACGAGGCCGACGAGGACGAUUCAUACUCGUGCGCAAUCGCGUACGCGGAGGUGGACAACGAUGCGCACCCCACGUCAACACUGCUGAAAGUCGACGUCUCCGCGGUGCCCGGCGUGAUGCGCAUCCUCUCGUGGCUCCUUAACGGCCUGGACCUUGAGCUCAACGACGCAGAGUGGGUCAUUGACGAGGACGUGGACGACGAUGGGAGUAACAACGACAUCGUGCACAUCAAGAUGUUCGUAACUGAGGGUAUCGGGAAGGGUAGGUCGAAGGUCAAGGAUCCCAAGGCUGUUGAGGAGCGCGUCACGGAGUACCUCAGGUUCUGCACGCAGGCGGAGAGCAAGAAGGUGGGCGUGGUUGAGCACAGCGGAAUCAGAAUAGACAACGCAACCGACCCGGAAAGGACCCUGCUGACUGUGAGAGUCAACGAGACCGGCGCCAAGAGCCUCCUCUCAGUCGCAUCCACAAUCACCGGCCUCGGGCUCAGGAUGAACCGCGCCAAGCUCGGCGUCUCGAAACCCUCCGGCGCUUCGACGUGGGAGAUGAAGCUGACUGAUUUCGAGUCGAGGAACAAGCUGACAUCCGCACAGGUCCAAGGCUUGCUGUACACCUUAGCGCUGGUGUUCAACACGCAGGGAUUCAGCGGUGCGGACUAUCUCGUGGAAAAGAUGACCGCAGACGAGGGAGAGUUCGCAGCGUGAGAGCCGUCCUAGUGUUGUAACCAUUUCUCUCCUGU